AGCAUGGAGGGCGAGAGCACGUCGGCCGUGCUCUCCGGCUUUGUGCUCGGCGCGCUCGCUUUCCAGCACCUCAACACCGACUCGGACACGGAAGGUUUUCUCCUUGGGGAAGUGAAAGGUGAAGCCAAGAAUAGUAUUACUGAUUCCCAAAUGGAUGAUGUUGAAGUUAUUUAUACAAUUGACAUCCAGAAAUACAUUCCAUGCUAUCAGCUUUUCAGCUUUUAUAAUUCUUCUGGUGAACUAAAUGAGCAAGCACUGAAGAAAAUAUUAUCAAGUGUCAAAAAGGCUGUGGUUGGUUGGUACAAAUUCCGACGUCAUUCAGACCAGAUCAUGACAUUCAGAGAGAGACUUCUUCACAAAAACUUACAAAAUCAUCUCUCGAGCCAGGAACUUGUUUUCCUGCUGUUAACACCAAGCAUAAUAACGGAAAGCUGCUCUACUCACCGGCUGGAGCAUGCCUUAUAUAAGCCUCAGAAGGGACUUUUUCACAGGAUACCGUUAGUGGUGGCCAAUCUGGGCAUGUCGGAACAGCUGGGUUAUAAAACCGCGUCAGGUUCCUGUGAGUCCGCUGGUUUUAGCCGAGCAGUAAAAACACACAGCUCUGAAUUUUUUACAGAAGAUGGAUCUUUAAAGGAGGUACAUAAAAUAAAUGAAAUGUAUGCUUCUUUACAAGAGGAAUUAAAGAGUAUAUGCAAGAAAGUAGAACACAGUGAGCGAGCAGUAGAGAAACUACUAAAGGACGUAACUAGAUUGAAACGGGAAAUUAAAAAAAGAAAACAGGCACAAAUUCAAGCAGCACGAGAGAACAUCGAAAAAGACCCUCAGGAGAACAUUUUUCUUUGUCAAGCUUUACGGACCUUUUUUCCAGAUUGUGAAUUUCUUCAUUCAUGUGUUAUCUCCUUGAAAAAUAGGCGUAUUUCUAAAAGUAGCUGUACUGCCAACCACCAACUCAACGUGAUAGACAACUUGACCUUAAUGGUAGAAUACGCGGACAUUCCUGAAGCCAGUGCGGCUAGUGGUGCGCCGCAAAUGGUUAAACGUAAAGCUUUAGAUCCCGAUGAUGGUUGGCAGUUCAAGAAGUCACGGCCACUGGAGAUACAGAACCAACCAUCUAAAACAGAUACUGAUAGUAGUAAUCAAGAAAAAGCAUCCACAAUGAGCAGCCCUGAAACAGAUGAAGACGUUGAAAAAAUGAAGGGUUCCGGUGAAUAUCCACAGUCUCCUACGUUUUGACCCUUUCAAGCCAGAAGGACCUUGUUAAUUGGCUGAAGGGUAAAGCCAUUUAUAUUGUUUUUACUAUGUUUAGGUAUUUGCAGUAAUACAGAAGUUCUGGUA